UGUUGUUCAGUUGCUUUGACGCAAUCUUUUUUGUCUAAAGCGCUAUAUAAAUAAAAGUGACUUGUCUUGACUUGACUUCUAGCCCUACUGUACAUUUUGAGUAAAAGAGUAAACACACAUUGUGGCUAAUAUGAUUGCAUGUCUUUGUCUUUGUUUCAAGGUGGAGAAUGAAAAAACUGAAGAGGACAAACAAUCAAGCAAAGAUUACCAUAAUGAUUAUGAAGAGGAUUUUGAGGAUUAUGAAGAAGACUUUGAGGAUGUUGGUGAAGAGGAGGAUGAUAAUGAGGAGGAGGAGAAUGAGGAACAUGACAAAAAAAAGACAAGAGGGAGUAGUCUCAAGAGAAGAGAAGAGAUUGAAGCCACCCAAAGAGCCAUUGAUGAGGAAAAUGAGAGAAUCUACUCUGCAAGAUCAAAGCCCACCACAGAGUCAGCUGUCACCCAGAGAGAAAAGCACUCUGACAGAAGUGGAACACAUGGCAAAAUUAUUGAUUUUGUAUCAGCAAAGCAGCGAGAGGUCAGCCAGAAAGUGGCCAAGAAACAGAAGAAGCGCAGUGAAGAACUGCAUCUGAUUGAUUUAGACUUCUCCGUCACCUUCUCUCUGCUGGACCUCCCUCCUGUCAAUGAGUAUGACAUGUACAUCAAGAAUUUUGGAACAGCCAAUACAAAACAGGCUUAUGUGCAGUGCAAUGAAGACAACAGUGAUAGAGAUAUACAAACAAAAGAAGUAGACUUGACAGACAAAUGGACGCAACAUCCACCAGAAGCAAAUGCCGCAUGUGGAGGAUCUAAGGCAUCUCAAGACACUACAGAUAAAUCCACUUCAAGAAUAACUACUGAUUCUCAACGUCUGACUACUUUUAUACGCUCUGCUGCACAGGUAAUGGCUGUUCUGAUAGAGGAGAAUAUAGCAGAGAGUAAUUCAAUCAGAAGGCUUCGCUCUCAAAGAUUUAGUGAUGGCUGCAUUCAACUCGAUACCAAACGCCCCUUUCUGCAUGGUUGGCAGGUGAGUCUGCUGCAGUUCUCUCACGUCCAGAGACAGACUCUUCUGUCUGUUCAUCCUCCGUUCUCCAAAACCAGUGCUGUACGGCUUGACUGUAAGACAGUCAUCUGUGUUUGGAACAUCUGGGAACCAUCCAGACCCCGAAAAAUUCUUCUUUAUGAAUCUAAGAAAUUCCUUGUUCCAUUAUGCAAAAUUCUAGAGUCUCUGGGACUAUCAUUCCAGUUAGGAUCUCUGGAUGAAAAUGGAGUGUUAACUCUCUGGGUUGUGGUUGAGCUGCCCAAAGGAAAUGAUUCUGGUUCUCAAACAGACCUAGGUCUUAGGCCUGGUGGUAAAGUUAAACUACUCCACAGCUCUUCUCUACAGACCACUGAGAAACCUUCUCAAGAUACUAUAAUGGGAUUUGGACCUCCUGUGAGCCUUCAGUUAAAGUUCCUCCCAUCUGACUCAAACCAUUACUUCAUUGGUACUAACAUGGGUCUGGUUAGACAUGGUACUAGGCACAGCCUAAAAGUUCUUCCAAAGUUCUUCAGAUCACAGUUUGACAGCUGUAGACCGGUGGAGGUCACAGCACUUGACUUCAGUCCUUCCAGGGAGCCCUUGUUCUUGGUCUGCUGCAGUGAUGGAACAGUACGAUUGCACUCUGUCCCGAGAGAUGAUCCGUUGAUGGAGUGGUCUGGAUGUUCCAGUGGUGCUUCCAUUCUGUCAGUGCAGUGGUCUCACACACGGCCAGCUGUGUUCUGUGUUCUGGAUGCUGCCUCUGAUCUUCACAUCUAGGACCUGACUGUGAAGGAUUAUGUGCCAGUUGUCACUGAGAAUAUACACAAAGAUCGUUUACAAUCCUCUUUCCUAACUAUUUUUCACAAGGUGACAGUCAUGGCAGUGUUUGGUGAGCCAGCCAAACUGAGCACAUUUUCUGGCAUUGCGCUCGCCAAGCAGUCCGGCAAGUUGGAGAUUCAGUAUCUUAAGGAGUCACUUACAGUGCCUAGCACCUAUGACAAAGAAAAACUUUUUUGCACAAUGAUUUUUUGAUAUAAGAUGGAUUCUUAUCCAAAUCAAGCAAAGGUCUAUCUGAGCCCAGAUUCAAAUUAAUUUCCAGUUAAAUCCAUAAUAUGCAAAUGACAGAGGAAAACACAAAAAGAGACAUUAGAGAAAGUCAUGCAUAGUAUGGGCCGACCUAGUGAAUUAUAUUUCCUUGUUACAUCAGUAAGGUACCCAAUGCUACAUUGAUAUACAGCAGCAUGAAAGGAAUGAAAAAUAGUUGUUUAUUACUGUCACAGUGGCUACACUUUUUGGUCUGUACAAAUAACAAAUUACCUUCCCUGGCCUAAAAUGUAUUACAUCUGAAACUUUGCUGAUGUUAGCUAGAACAUGAUGGUUUUGUUGCUGUAAGCAGCAUUUUGUAAGAUUCGAUCAAACGCUAAAUGGAGCACAUGAAUAUGAGCUUUCUGUUCCUCAGGGAUAUUAAGACACUAAAUCCAUUUUAUACAGAUGAAUAUUUACACAGAGCAGCAUUUUAACUGGAGUAUAUUUUUUAUUAGGGUCCCUAUCAUUUCUUCACUACUGUCAUACUAUAAUUAUU